CAGGCCGGCACGUGACGUAGGGCAAGUUCCUGCUGUGGCUUGAGGGAAACAGAUCGACAUUGUGCCACGGGAGAAUCGCACUUUGCGGCCUGUGGAACCUCCCCUCCCUGAGCGAUGGCCUCACCUGUCUCAGUCUACAACUCCAACGCCUUGGACACACACAUCUCCAGCUCCUCCAGAGAGUCUCUGAAGAUGGAGUUGUUAGCUGAUGUGUCCCUGCUGCCGGGGGAGGAGAGAAUUAUAGAUAAAGAAACCAUCUACAUCUGUCCGUUCAGUGGAGCGGUGAAGGGAAAGGUGUUGAUCACCAACUACAGACUCUACUUCAAGAGCUUAGAUCCUGAUGUGGCGCUGACGCUGGACGUCCCUUUGGGUGCCAUCGGUCGGGUGGAGAAGAUGGGCGGGGCUUCGAGCAGAGGGGAACACUCCUACGGCCUGGACAUCACCUGCAAGGACAUGAGGAACUUGAGGUUCGCCCUGAAGCAGGAAGGUCACAGCAGGAGAGAUAUCUUCGAGCUCAUCUUCAAAUACGCCUUCCCCGUCUCACAUGGUCUGCCACUGUUUGCAUAUGUGACUCAGGAGAAGUACGGGGAGAGUGGCUGGGACAUCUACAAACCCAUAGAGGAGUUCAGACGGCAGGGCUUACCCAAUAACAAGUGGCGCAUCACCUUCAUCAAUAAGAACUACGAGCUGUGCGACACCUACCCCACCGUGCUGGCCGUACCCUUUAAGAGUAAAGAGGAGGACCUCAGGAGAGUGGCAGCCUUCAGGUCCAGAGGACGCAUACCCGUCCUGUCGUGGAUCCACAGGGAGAACCAGGCGGUGAUCGCCCGCUGCAGUCAGCCUCUGGUCGGGAUGUCCGGGAAGAGAAACAAAGACGACGAGCGCUACCUGGACGUGAUCAGAGAGGCCAACGACACCUCCAAACUCACCAUCUUCGACGCCCGGCCCAGCGUCAACGCCGUGGCUAACAAGGCCACAGGAGGAGGCUACGAGGGCGACGAGUACCAAAACGCAGAGCUGGUCUUCCUGGACAUCCAGAACAUCCACGUCAUGAGGGAGUCCCUGAAGAAGCUCAAAGACAUUGUGUACCCCAACGUGGAGGACUCUCAUUGGCUGUCCAGUCUAGAGUCCACACAUUGGCUAGAACACGUUAAGCUGGUGUUGUCAGGAGCCAUCCAAGUAGCAGACAAGGUCUCCAGCGGACAGUCUGUGGUGGUGCACUGCAGCGACGGCUGGGACCGCACCGCUCAGCUCACCUCUCUGGCCAUGCUGAUGCUGGACAGUCACUACAGAACGCUCCGAGGCUUCCAGGUGCUGAUCGAGAAGGAGUGGAUCAGCUUUGGGCACAAAUUUGCUUCGAGGAUAGGUCACGGCGACAAGAACCACGCGGAUCAGGACCGAUCCCCCAUCUUCGUGCAGUUCAUCGACUGCGUGUGGCAGAUGACUAAACAGUUUCCUACAGCCUUUGAGUUCAAUGAGCGCCUCCUGCUGACCAUCCUGGAUCAUCUCU